GAAAAAGCUGUCAUUGAUGACGUUGUUGUUUGUUCGGACGACGACUCCGACCUUUUCGACAAACGGUAAUUGGAAUAUUCGCUUUCUCGCGAAUUUCUGUAACAAUUGUUGCGCUGACCCUUUUCUGGAACAACUCGAGCUAACAAGAACAAUUGAAUGAACUACGUGAAAACUUUGGCCCGCAACAAAAGUAUUUACAACAACAAUUGCUUGUACAGCUGCAGGGAGUGACAUGAGAAAUUAAACAAAACAGAGAUCGCACCACAUGCGCCGGUGUCGUACGCACAACGUCACGUUUAAAGGAGCGACAGGAUUGGUCGAUUGGUCAAACUCACCGGUGCGAUUGGUGAAAAUUGGUGAAGACCUCGUUGGAACGUUGAUUAGUUUGCAAGGUUGCAGAUGGCAUUUGGGUGAACAAACAGAUGGCUUGUCGUCUUGCUGCAAUUAUUGUUAAUUUGCAAAAGAAAAUGAGAAGUAUCUGAUCUGAAGGAGAUACAGAAGGUUAAGAGCGCGAAUCUUUUCCUCCGGUAGGUCUGGCGCAUCUGAUCACGAAUUCGUCGAGACUCGUCGAGAAACUUGAUUUGUCCUUGCUUGAAACAUUUAAUCGGAUCGCGACGAUGGGUUCUGAUCAAACGCACAGACGGUGGAGCAAUUUGCGGAAAGUGUUGGAGAGAUCGGGCCCGUUUUGCCGGCCAGAUUUCGAACCCUCCUCUGAGAGCCUUCAGUUUCUUCUGGAGGACUGCAAGGUGCUCGUCGUCGGCGCCGGUGGUCUCGGAUGCGAGUUGCUCAAGAAUCUCGCCCUGAUGGGAUUCAGACAGAUCCAAGUGAUCGACAUGGACACGAUCGAAUUGUCCAAUCUGAACCGGCAGUUUUUGUUUCGCCACAAAGACAUUGGUUUCUACAAGGCUGAGGUGGCUGCGAAGUUUAUUAACUCCAGAAUUCCCGGGUGCAAUGUGAUCGCGCACAAUUGCGAGAUACAAGCCAAAGACGAGGCGUUUUACCAACAGUUCCACAUAGUAAUCUGCGGACUGGAUUCGAUUGUGGCGAGGAGAUGGCUGAAUGGCAUGCUGUUGUCUUUGCUCGUCUACGAGGACGGCGAAUUGGACAGGACCAGUAUCAUACCGCUGAUUGACGGUGGUACCGAAGGUUUCAAGGGAAAUGCUAGAGUUAUAUUGCCCGGCGUCAGUCCGUGUAUUGAAUGUACGUUGGAUCUCUAUCCUCCGCAGGUCACGUAUCCUUUAUGUACGAUAGCCAACACUCCACGUUUGCCGGAGCACUGUAUAGAAUACGUGAAGGUGGUGCAAUGGCCGAGGGAGAACCCGUUCGACUGUACAAUCGACGGAGACGAUCCUCAGCAUAUAAACUGGAUUUAUGAGAAGUCGAGCGAGAGAGCGGCGCAAUUCGGCAUACAGGGCGUGACGUACAGGCUUGUGCAAGGUGUCGUGAAGAAUAUCAUACCGGCUGUGGCGUCAACGAAUGCCGUGAUCGCCGCGAUUUGCGCGACGGAGGCGUUUAAACUCGCGACCAGUUGCAGCGCGUUCUUAAACAAUUACAUGGUGCUGAACAAUCUGGACGGAGUUUACACGUACACUUACGAGGCAGAGAAAAAAGACGACUGUCUGGCGUGCAGUCAGGUACCGCGGGAGAUCGAGAUCAAGGACCUGAAGUGCAAACUGCAAGACCUACUAGAUCUUUUGAGCGAACGGCCGGAUUUGCAAAUGAAGAGUCCCGGUGUCACGGCGACCAUAGGCGGUAAAAAUAGAACCUUGUAUAUGCAAAUGGUAUCGAGCAUCGAGGAGAAAACUCGCGAGAAUCUGUCCAAGACUCUGAUCGAACUGGGCCUGACGAACGGCAGCGAGAUAAACGUCGCCGACGUCACGACUCCCAAUACCAUCACCCUGAAAUUGAGAUUUCCCCAGAUGGUUGACACGAGCUUACAGUAAUUGUAUAUCAGAGUUAUAAUUUUCUUUCAACAUUUUGCACACUUUUUCUCUACCAGUUGUUUAACUAAAACGUAAAGUUUAACAAAGCAAAGUGAUACCGUGUAACAGAGCGCAUGUCAAGAAUUAUCAUUUGCACUUUAUUUUGUGUGUAUAUAUAUAUAUAUAUACACAGUAGUACAUAUAUAUAUAU